AUGGCAGCCAUGAAGCCUCUUGUUUCUCUCAGCUCUCUGGCCACAUUGCUUGUCAUGAUCAUCGCACUUGUGGUGCUGCAAACUCAAGUGGCUGAAUCCCAGGCACAAACCUGCUCGGGCGAGCUCAGCAACCUCAAUGUGUGUGCACCCUUUGUGAUGCCUGGUACUGGUGCUAAUGCUAACCCGUCCUCUGACUGCUGUGGUGCACUCCAAGCCGUGGACCAUGACUGCCUUUGCAACACCAUCAGGAUUGCUUCUCGUCUUCCUUCUCAGUGCAACCUCCCUGCAGUCACUUGUGCACCAUCUCUCCCAUUAUCCAUCUCAGUCGCCACACAGCCGAUUGAAUUUAAAGAAAAUUCUGAUGCUAUCACGGUGAGGUGGUCACAAACAAUGACAGUUCAUCUAAGAUUAAACUUCAAAUGA